UGUGUCUUCAAUUGGAGGCUACCACAUUUCAAAAUAAGUAAGUAAAAAUCCGAAAAACAAACACAAAAACAGUCAGUUAGCUCGCGAACUAGCCACCUAGCCGCGCUAGCUUUCCCAACCGUCAACGGUUGUCUUUUCACAAAAGGGCAACGAGUCGCUCGGUAGCUAAAGAAGCGCGGCUCUUCUUUUUACAUAUAUUUAGAUAUAUAAUACACACGCACUGGUCGGUUGAGACUAUCACUAGAGGACAGGAUGAAUGGGUUCAGCACGGAGGAGGACAGCCACGACGGACCCCCGGCGCCGCCGUUCUACGGGCAGAGCUGCUGCCUGAUCGAGGACGGGGAGCGCUGCGGCCGCUCCGCGGGGAACGCCUCCUUCAGCAAGAGGAUCCAGAAGAGCAUCUCGCAGAAGAAGCUCAAGCUGGACAUCGACAAGAGCGUGAGACACCUCUAUAUCUGCGACUUCCAUAAGAACUUCAUCCAAAGCGUGCGCAACAAGAGGAAGAGGAAGACCAGCGACGAUGGGGGCGAGUCCCCGGACCACGACGUGGAGGUGCCCGAGGUCGACCUGUUCCAGCUGCAGGUGAACACGCUGAGACGCUACAAGCGACACUACAAGCUGCAGACCCGGCCCGGACUCAACAAGGCCCAGCUGGCCGAGACGGUGAGUCGUCACUUCAGGAACAUCCCGGUGAACGAGAAGGAGACGCUGACCUACUUUAUCUACAUGGUGAAGAGCAGCAAGAGCCGCUUGGACCAGAAAGACGGCGGCGGCAGCAAACCGCUGGACUAAAAAACAACAACAACAACAACAACAUAGUCACCGAUUAAUAAUCCACACAGCUGUUCACAAACCCCCUGGACAC